CAAGAUUCCCAUUAAGCCCCUCACUCAUUCAAGAAUUCCAAUUCUCUCUCUCUCUCUCUCUCUCUCUCUCUCUCUCACACAAUCUCUUCCCACCGCAUAACAAACCAAAAACCUGCGUCUUUGAAAGUUACCAGAGACCGCCGAACCAAAACCAAAGCUUUUUUCCGUAGCUCUGUAUCCGAAAACCGAUAACCAAAAAACCCACAUAUAAAAAAAUGAAAAAAUAAAGAAAAAUAAAAUUAAUAUAAUCUAACUUAAUUUUCCCCAGAAUCAAAGAAGUUUCCCGGAAUCUGAUACCCAUUUAAGCUUUUCCUUGUGUUUCUGGGAAUUUCAGUAUCGUUUUCUCACUGUUUUCUUUUCUGGGUACUUUGGAGCUGAGUUGGUGGACGUGUUUUCUUUGAAGUUUGACUCAGAUCUGUUGGUUAUGUCAGAGAUUUUUUCCUCCAUUGACGUACCAAUACGUCUCUCUGGUGCUUGUAGAUCCAGCUGAUGUGAGCUUCAGAAUCCCAGAAUCUAUCCUCGAGAAUUGAGAAUUUACAGCAAAAAUAUUUGGAUCCGAUUUCGGUUUUUGGCCGAGAGAGCAAUAAGUUUGUGAAUUUUUGUUUUUUUGACUGUUUGUUUUUGGAUUUGGAAGUUUUUCAACAAUUUCCCACCAAUCAGAAUCGGAGCUGGUGAUUGUGAGGAUGGAUUACGAUGAUUUCCGGACGAUUCUCGAUAGCGCGGGAGUCGACGUUUGGACUUUCAUCGACACAGCGAUCGCCGUGGCUUCCGUGGAUUAUGGCGGCGAGUUGAAGCAAAGGAGAGAUGGAAUCGUUGAGCGUCUCUACGCGGCGAGUUCUGCUCUUCCUCGGCUAAGAAAUUGCGAUGCUGCCGAGCAAAACAAUCGUCCUUCUAUCCAUUAUGAUCAUCGGGAAUCGAAAACUUCCGGCGAGAAAGAAAGGGUUUCGCCGGCGACGCCGCAGUCAGUCAGUAGGGACGACGGAAAUGACGACGACGAAUUGGAUCCCUAUGGAGGAUUAUUCGACGAUGAGCAGAAGAAGAUUCUAGAAAUUAGGGAGCAUCUUGAAGAACCUGAUCAGUCUGAAGAUUCUUUGGUUGAAUUGCUGCAAAGUCUAGCGGACAUGGAUAUAACAUUCCAAGCUCUCAAGGAAACUGAUAUUGGAAGACACGUCAAUAAGUUGAGAAAGCAUUCAUCUGGAGAAGUCAGGGGUUUGGUGAAGCAACUUGUCAGGAAAUGGAAAGAAACUGUUGAUGAAUGGGUGAAAUUGAAUCAACCUGGGGAACAGACAUCCUCUGCACUCAUGGAUGGUGAUUCACCCCAGCAGAAAACUUUCCAAAAUGGUCAUCACCAGGUUCCUGAUUUUGCAUAUUCUCCAAAUCCUCACAAUGGAAGUUCUGGGUCGGACAAGAACAAUUCAGAACUAGAACGCAAGCCUAAAGCACUUCCUCCUAGAAGAGAAGCUCCACCAAAGCCAUCAACAAUUCAAUCAACCCCUGUUUCUGUUCCUCAAAAUAGACAGAGAGAACAACAGAAGGAGAGCAAUUUUGACUCUCAAAGGCUAGCCACAGCAAGAAAACGGCUUCAAGAGAAUUAUAAAGAAGCUGAAAAUGCUAAAAGGCAAAGAACUAUUCAAGUGAUGGACAUCCAUGAAAUACCGAAACCAAAGAAUGCCUUCUUUGUCAAGAACAAAGGCGGAGGUGGUGGUUCUCAGGGCAGACAUUGGUGAUUGAUUCAAAAUUUGCUCCACCUCUCAUAUUCACAGAACAAAAGCCAUGGACGUUGGGGUUAAGAAAAAAAAAAAAAAAAAGGAUAAAAGAAAAA